AUCUUCUCACGACUCACGGCGUCUACGCAAGGCGGCCGGUCCUUUUACGAGCAGCUGCGGUCCUACGACGACGAGCCAGACUACGAUGUUGAGGCAGGGCCGGCCCACGGAGGCGCCAGCCGGCUGUUUGACAGCAUCCCUGCACCAACGCUGGCCGCCGCACGACGCAACAACAACAGCAAUAACAACAAUAACAACAGCGCCGGCAGCGUACUAUCGCCGGGAGCGAGCAGCCUUCAUCAAGACCCCCGCCGAGGUCCCCCGAUAAGGUGGCCGCAACACGAUGACGACGGUGACGACGACGUGCCCGCUUCGCUGCUCGUCGAGUCCAACAAGGCCAUGGCGAAUCCCGCCCUCGACCAAACAGAAGCGCAACAUUAUCACAGCCCAGAGCCUCCAUCGGGCCACGGCCGGCCCCAGUGGCGGCCGCCGGCUGAGGUCCCCAGGCCAAGUGCACGACCAGCUGCAGCACCACCGUUGGGAUCUCUGCUGAACGCGGGCCCGUCAUUCGACCGCAAGAAUGCUGCUUUGUGGAGAUGGGCAAACAUCACAAAUCUCGACAGCUUCAUGAGAGAUGUUUAUAAUUACUAUGAAGGCGACGGCAUGUGGUGUAUCAUGUGCUCAAAUGCCCUGUGGUUAUUGGAAACUUUGUUCGUUGCUAUCUUGUUGACGUUCCUAACUCAAUGUGUCGAUUACAGCAAGGUGCCGCAUAGUCAGUCACUGAAGCAGGUCGUCGUACCCCAAUGCACUCAGAAGAUGUCAGGCUUGUGGAGUUUUGGCAUCUGGCUUUACUCCUUCUUCUUCAUAUGGAAAUCUGUGCAGUACUUUUUCGAGAUCCGCCGUCUCCUCCAUAUCCGCGAAUUCUUCGUCGUCCUUCUUGAUAUUCCCGAGCAAGAUAUGCAGACGAUAUCGUGGCAAGACGUUGUUGCUCGGAUCAUGGCUUUACGGGACCAGAAUCCUAGAACAGCCGCCGAUAUACCGCAGAACUUGCGGCGCUUCAUCGGUAGUCAGUCUAAAGAACGUCUCGAUGCUCACGACAUCGCCAACCGACUGAUGCGCAAGGAGAAUUACCUCAUCGCCAUGAUUAACAAGGAUAUACUAAACUUAUCACUUCCGUUUCCGUUUCUCAGAGGUCGUCAGCUGUUUUCAAAGACUAUGGAAUGGUACCUUCAUUACUGCAUCCUUGACAUGGCAUUCAACGAACUGGGCCAAGUACAACAAGAUUUCCUGCGUGCCGAACGGAGAGGAGUCUUGAGUCAAAAAUUGAAACAGCGAUUCUACUUUGCUGGGUUUCUGAAUCUCCUCUUCGCUCCCAUCGUGCUCGCAUACGUCAUUAUCGUCUAUUUCUUUACGUAUUACAAUGAAUAUCAAAAAGACCCCAAGCUAGCUGCAGCACGUAAAUACACCUCGCUUGCAGAGUGGAAAUUUCGCGAGUUCAACGAGCUUCCUCACCUCUUUUAUGAAAGGCUUCAUAUGUCAUUUCCGUUCGCAACCCGAUACAUUGAUCAAUUUCCCAAGCGCAUGACAGAGGAUAUCGCGAAAAGUAUUUCCUUUAUGUCUGGUGCACUUACGGCCAUUCUUGCUGUUUGCACUUUACUUGACUCGGAACUGUUCUUAUCGUUUGAAAUCACAAAAGACCGGACCGCUCUGUUCUACCUGGGAAUAUUUGGAGGAAUCUGGGCCAUCACCCGUGGAAUGGUGUCUGAAGAGUCGAUGGUGUUCGAUCCUGAGUAUGCUCUGAGGAACGUUAUUGAGUAUACUCACUAUAUGCCUGAUCACUGGCAGGGAAGGCUGCACAGCUUCGAAGUUAAACAGGAAUUUUCAGAGCUCUACAAGAUGAAAGUUGUCAUCUUUCUAGAAGAGGUCCUAGGCAUCAUAACUACCCCCCUGUUGUUGCUGUUGUCACUACCCAAGUGCAGUGAUCAGAUUGUGGAUUUCUUCCGGGAGUUUACGGUACAUGUGGAUGGGAUGGGCUAUGUCUGCUCGUUUGCCGAAUUCGACUUCAAAAGGGGGCCAAGCCAACCCGCCAAUCGACAGGGAGCCCCCAAGGACGUCCGCGAGGAUUACUAUGCAACAAAGCAUGGAAAGAUGGCUGCGUCUUAUUAUGGAUUUCUUGAUAAUUACGUUAUCAAUCCCAAGACUGGCAUCCCUGGACACCUGCCUCCGGGGACGCAGCCAUUCCAUCCUCCCCCUGCGUUUCCCAAUCUGAAUUCGCCCACUCUAGCAGCAGACAUGCAAUCUUCCCACAUGGGGGGCGCGGAAACAGGGAGAAAUAGGAGCCGAACAGCAGGGUUGGGUACAUUCCCCAGAGGCGGUCACAGCAUUACACAGCCAUCGCCUAUGGCAUCUAUGCUCCUAGAUGCCCGUCACCAGCCGUCAAUCUCAAAUGUGGCAGGCAGAGGGCCGUAUAAACCGCCCCGUCCGUCACGAGGAGCCCAUCCUUCUGAGAUCCCCGAGGAGCCAUUUGAAGCCGAAGCCGAUGUUGCAGGGCUGGGAGGAGAGAGCUCCGAAGCCGGCGCCAUGCUUGGGGAAUCCAUGUGGCAGACGUCUCCUGGGGGACUCAGUAAGGAAAAUAGUAUGGCCACGAAGGAGCCAGAUGUCGGUGUGCUUGGAUUGAUUAGCCAGUUCCGGCAGACACAGCCUCACCGCCGGGGAGGAGGAGUC